AUGCCAUUGAAAGUUGUUAAUAAAACAUUCAAGGUUGUUAAUAUGGCAUUCAACAUUGUUAAUGUGGCAUUCAAGGUUGUUAAUGUGGCACUCAACGUUGUUAAUGUGACAUUCAACGUUGUUAAUGUGGCAUUCAAGGUUGUUAAUGUGGCACUCAACGUUGUUAAUGUGACAUUCAAGCUUGUUAAUGUGGCAUUCAAGGUUGUCAAUAAGACAUUUAAGGAUGUUAAUGUGGCAUUCAAGGUUGUUAAUAAGACAUUCAACAUUGUUAAUAAGACAUUCAACGUUGUUAAUGUAGCAUUCAAGGUUGUUAAUGUGGCAUUCAAGCUUGUUAAUGGGGCAUUCAAGGUUGUUAAUAUGGCAUUCAAGGUUGUCAAUAAGACAUUUAAGGAUGUUAAUGUGCCAUUCAAGGUUGUUAAUAAGACAUUCAAGGAUGUUGUUAAUGUAGCAUUUAAGGCUGUUACUGUGGCAUUCAAGGUUGUUAAUGUGGCAUUCAAGGUUGGUAAUGUGGCAUUCAAGGUUGCUAAUGUGGCAUUCAGGGUUGCUAAUGUUGCAUUCAAGGUUGUUAAUGUGGCAUUCAAGGUUCUUAAUAAGACAUUCAAGGUUGUUAAUAUGCCAUUCAAGGUUGUUAAUAAGGCAUUCAAGAUCUUUAAUAUGGCAUUCAAGGUCGUUAAUGUGGCAUGUCCGCAGCUUAACAACCAUACACUGCUGGAGUUCACCCAGAGCGACGCUGACGUGGGUUCCUUACGGGUGACGGAGGCCGUGUUGUGGGUGUACGUAAGGCGACCUGUCGGAGUACGUCACCACGACGCUAGUCGUCCCAGACCCAAGCUGUGGGUGUUCCGUGUUCCUCUAGAGGACACCCGUCAGAAUCCGUCGGCGGAAAUGGUAUCGUCUCUUCAUGUGACCAGCCCGAGGGUCGGGUGGCGUCGCCUUGAGGUGACUUCGGCAGUGCAGCGGUGGUUCGCCAGGCCUGGAGAGCGUCUACGGCUGCUAGUAGACUGUAGCAGCUGCAGCGGGGAGCUGGAAGCGGCGCUGUUUACGCCGCGCAAGCACAAGGGAGCGCACAAGCCUGGGUCUCGGCGUGCGGAGGCAUCCCAUAGGCCUUUCCUAGUAGUACAUACCGUCCCCACACCCUCGAGACGCCUCUCCCGCCGCGCGCUCCAGUGUGAUAAAGACACCAAAAUGUGUUGCAAGCAGAAUCUUUAUAUUUCUUUCAGAGAACUGGGCUGGGAUGACUGGAUCAUAGCGCCCAGCGGCUAUAAUGCCAACUACUGCAAAGGCUCAUGUGCCAGUGUUUUCCGCACCCCCGACUCCUUCACCCAUUUUUAUUCGCAGAUGCUGGAGGAAGUCAGCCGGCACCGUCCUCCCGGAGCGCUGACGCAGUGCUGCGCCCCCACAAAGCUCUCGCCCAUGUCUCUCAUCUAUCUCGACGAGAUCUCGAACAUCAUCAAGCGAGACGUGCCCCGCAUGGUGGUCGAAGAGUGCGGGUGUGCGUAACGUUGUUCCCGCUGCAAGAGCCGCCACAGCUGGGGAGAGUGAUGGUUGACUGUGAUGCCUCGCCCGACGCAGCAGCGCCCGACGCAGCAGCGCCCGACGCAGCAGCGCCCGACGCAGCAGCGCCCGACGCAAACUCGCCGGGCGCCACGCGUUCCUCCAAGGGACGAACUUGGGAUAUAGUCUGAUCUGUGAUCAUAACUUUAAGCGUUGUGUUGUUUUGUUGUUGUUGUUCUUGUACAGACUUGUAAAGUGUGCGGCCCAGAGCGGCCCGCUGUAGUCCGCAAGCCCAGCCUGGCCGCCCACACCGCCCACGCCGCCCACGGGGCCACCAGCAGGGGCAGGGGCCGCCCACACCCACGCCCACACCGCCCUCCUUCACCGUUGCUGUUCCGCCCACUGUUGCCUGGUGGUGGUGGUGUCCCGCCCACUGUCUUAUGUCUGCUCACUGCCGCCCACAUGUGCCGCCCGUCACCCACUGACGCCCUACUACCCGCCCGCUGCUCAUGCAUCCGCCCAUUGUGCGUCCGCCCACCAGCCUGUGUUCACACGUCGCCCACCGCCCUCUGUCCGCCCAACUUACUAUAUUCGCUCUGUAUCCGCAACGUAAAGCCUUUGUGUGUUGGUCUUCCGCCCACCAGAGUGUGGGCGUCACCACACCCAGGACCACUCAUCACGCCCAUGCAAACCCAGGAUCACGCCCAUGCUGGAGGCCACCGCCCAGCUUCAACACCUUCGCCUCUGCCUGGCCUAGGACCACGUCGCCUUCUCCUAGAAACGUCUGCUAGGUCAAGGCCUGGCUUAAUUAAUAUCAGAGAUAAGGUCUGGCUAGGACCACGUACUAACGUGUGGUAACGUGUCCAGACCAAUGAUGUGAUGAAGCAUAUCUUUACACCGGGCUUCCCUGUCUUCUUCCAUCCAGCAAUGUGGUAGCACCAGCCUGAAGAUGUGGUAGCACCAGCCUGAAGAUGUGGUAGCACCAGCCUGAAGAUGUGGUAGCACCAGCCUGAAGAUGUGGUAGCACCAGCCUGAAGAUGUGGUAGCACCAGCCUGAAGAUGUGGUAGCACCAGCCUGAAGAUGUGGUAGCACCAGCCUGAAGAUGUGGUAGCACCAGCCUGAAGAUGUGGUAGCACCAGCCUGAAGAUGUGGUAGCACCAGCCUGAAGAUGUGGUAGCACCAGCCUGAAGAUGUGGUAGUACCAGCCUGAAGAUGUGGUAGCACCAAACUGAAGAUACCUUCUUACAGGUGGAGAACAAAUAAGAGUUAGUGUGCCUGAAAAGUUAUCUGCCUACGUGAUAAUAACAA